AUGGCCAACGUCUUCCGCCAAGCCACAUCAUGGCUCUACGCCGGUCUGGCCGUCACGAUCCUCGGCACGUGGAGCCUCAUCGUCCUCAUCCUCCUCGCCGGCACAGCAAUCAGCCAGGACCCAGGCCUCAUCCAACUCAUCGCACUCCCCUCCCUCCUCACCUUCCUCGUAGCCAAACUCAUCGUCGCGGCCUCGGCCCCGGUGACAUCCCGAGGGAACAGAAGCGGUAACCUCGCGACGUGGAUAGCAACAGCCGACAACGGCUCGCCCCACGGCGCCCUCGCUCUCCUCCUCUUCUCCGUGACCUGGCUCCUCCACCUGGCCCGCAUCGUCUUCAUGUUCUUCCUCUUCACCCUCUUCGGCGUCUUCUACUUCUUCGUCACCUCCCUGGACGAGUUCAACAAGGAGGAGAUGAAGGACGGCGGCGGCGGCGGCAGCGACGGACUGAACGAGGCGAGGCAGAACUUCACCACCGCCGUCGUGGAGUUUGAGGAGAAGCUCGGCUGGUCGUUUAGCGAGUCCCUGCAGGACGAGCCGUGGUUCAUACUGCAGGUCGUGGCGGCGACGUGGGCCAUGUCGAGCUUGUUGAUGGUGUACGUCGUCGCGUACGGGUUCGGGGCGCUUCGGAAGGUCCUGACGACGCCGCUGGAGGCGUGGGCGAGGGGUUCUGAGGCGCCGGCGGCUGUCGAGGGGGUUCGGAGGGAAGCGGGGACGGCGGUUGUCGUCGAGAAGGAGAAAGUUGUGGUCCAGGGCGGAGGUGAGGCGACGAGUUGA